AUGUACAUUUAUCGCAAAGGAUCCAUUGCUGGCCCCAGCUUCAAGAUUCCCUUCAUGGGACCCUUCUUGCAGGCCCUCGACCCCAAAUUCGACGGUUAUCUGGCCCAGUGGGCAAGCGGGCCCCUCAGCUGUGUUUCCGUCUUCCACAAAUUCGUUGUCCUUGCUUCCGACCGCGAUCUCGCCCACAAAGUAUUCAAGUCGCCCCAGUAUACCGAGCCAUGCAUUGUCCCCAUUGCAAAGGACCUCCUGAGCCACAAGGCCUGGGUUUUCCUCACCGGCAAGGUCCAUGUCGAGUUUCGUCGGGGACUGGCGCCUUUGUUUACCAGCAAGGCCCUGUCGACUUACCUGCCAGUCCAAGAAAAGGUGCUGGGCGAGUAUUUCGACAGGUUUGUGGCCAUCAGCGAAGCCAACAACGGCAAGCCAACGGCUUUCAUGACGUCGUUUCGCGAAAUCCAAUGCGCCCUUUCUCUGCGCACCUUCUUCGGCGACUACAUCUCCGAGGACGCUGUCAAGCGAAUCGCCGACGACUUUUACAAGGUCACUGCUGCCAUGGAGCUGGUCAAUGUUCCCUUUUCCAUGUACAUCCCGUUUACCAAGCAAUGGAUCGGCAAGAAGGUGGCCGAUGAGGUUCACGAGGAGUUUGCACGCGCUGCUGGUGCCUGCAAGAAGAACAUGGCCACCGGUGCCGCCCCGAUCUGCACCAUUGACCAUUGGGUCCUCAACAUGCUCGAGUCCAACAGAUACCGCGAAAGAAUUGCCGCCGGGGAAGAAGGAGUGGAGAAGCCGGCGAACUUGAUCCGCGAGUUCACCAACAUGGAGAUCUCGGAGACUCUGUUCACCUUCCUCUUCGCUUCACAGGAUGCCUCGAGCAGCGCCACCACUUGGAUGUUCCAGAUUCUUGCUCAACGACCGGAUGUGCUCGACAAGGUGCGGGAGGAAAACCUGGCUGCGCGCGGGGGUGACAGGACCAAGCCUUUUGACCUCGAAAUGAUCGAAUCACUCACCUACACCAACGCGGUCGUCAAGGAGCUGCUCCGCUGGAGACCGCCCGUCAUUUUUGUCCCCUACCUGGCUCUCAAGGACUUUCCGGUCACACCUGACUACACGGUUCCCAAGGGGUCCAUGAUCAUCCCCUCGUGCUACCCGGCACUCCACGACCCAGCGGUGUACCCCAACCCCGAGUAUUUUGACCCUGACAGGUGGAUCACGGGCGAUGCCGAGACGAAGACCAAGAACUGGUUGGUGUUUGGGGCUGGCCCUCACGACUGUCUUGCGAGGAGAUAUGUGCCCAUGUCUUUUGCGGGCAUGAUUGGCAAGGCGUCGUUGGAGCUAGACUGGACGCACCAUGCGACGCCUAGGUCCGAGGAGAUCAAGGUGUUUGCCACCCUGUUCCCCAUGGAUGGUGCUCAACUUGUGUUCAAGAAGCGGAAAUAG